AUGGAGUCUUAGAAGACUAAAAAUGCAACUCCUGGAGGUGGAUACUCAGCACCCUCAACCAACACCCAAUCCUCACAAAAUCAAAAGUCAGGGGAAACUACUCAUGUUGAGUAUAAUCCCACGGUUGGUACCUCCUCAGGGGCACAAGAAAGUCUUGUACCUGUUGGCUAUUUCAUGAUUCAAAUUACAAGUAUAGUGAUAUUGAUGAAAUCUUAAUAUGACUCUAAUUUAUUCGAACUUAACUUUACUACAGUUAGCUUCAUCACCUUAACUCUCUUGACUUUUGCUUAUUACCUUUCAUGUUCAUUUACAAAUCCAGGCUAUGUCUUAGGGAAUCAUUUCUUAGACGGAGGAAGUGCUGGUGUAUACAAUCCAAAUUUAGACCCAACUAAAAAGGAAGUUUAUGCUGGAGAUCUCAACAAUUUUAAAGGGUAGCUCAAUAAGAAAGGAUAUCAUAACAGAAAAACAAGUGUUUUAACGAAAGGACUUCAAAUCAGUAGACAUGAGAGAAAUAAAUCUAAGUAAUUAGGUCCUCAGCAACUUGUGCUCCCAGAAUCAACUUUAGAAAAUCUAGAUACAUAUCCAUCAUAACUUUACCCAUCAAAUAGUAACUAGAACGUGUAUGGAACUAACUAUGAAAAGAUUUAACAGUCAAUUAGCACUCUUACUACUCCAACAGGUUCAAUCUCACCUAUUAGUUUUAACUCCGAAAAAAAUGGCCUUGCUGGUGGACAUAAAAGGAUGCCAUCAUUCAUCAAAAGUAUCCCAUUGACGAAGGUUAAUAAAAGUCCUAAUUCUCAUGAGUAAAAUAGAAAAAAGGUCUAUGAGAUUAUUUCCCAAAAGAUCACCUAGAGUAAUGCUACCAUUACUACUAUGAAUGAUGAUGAAUUAAAUACAUAUCAAGAUCAAAAUGAGGAUCAAAAUAUAGCAAACUUAAACAAUAAUAAUUUGUAUCAGCUGAAUUUAUAGGAAAAUGAUAGCUCACCAACUAGAAAUAAUGUUAGUGUACUUAGCUUUAAGGAGAAAUUCGAUCAAGAUAAACUUGUGACUAUAAAUGCUUCGACAUAGGAAAGAACAAACCUAGAUGAUGAUAUUAUUGGCCAGCAGUUUCAAACUUAAACUUCACCAAAAUAGCUCUAAAUUAAUCAGCAAUCUUUAAAUUAAGCUUAAGCUAAUUAAGCAUAAAAUAGUGCUAAUAAAAAUACAGUUGGGGAAAUCUAAAAAAGAGCUCUCAUUUCAAGAUAUCAAAUGAGAAGCGAUUAAAUGUGCUUGCAAGUAAUUGACUCAGUAAUCGAAGAGGGGGAGUCUUUUGAUAAUUAUUAGGAUAUUGAACUAGGAAUGGCAGUUCCUAAUUCCAAGAAAAAUAAGAUUAAUAAAAAGCGUCAAGAUAAACAGAAUCAAAUGUUUUAAUCUAACACCUCACACAAUUAGUUGAAUGAUGAAUAAAAUGCUUAUACUGAUGAAAUUGAAAAUCAAGGUAACUAAGAAAAACAUAGCCAGCCAAUCGAUGAUGAAAAUGACGAUGUAAUAUUAUUCGUUGAGUACAAAUAUUGUACCGUUUGUCAUAUUGAACAGCCCUUGAGAUGUAAGCAUUGUAAAAAUUGCGACCAUUGCGUUGCUACCUAUGAUCAUCAUUGCCCUUGGAUUGGAAACUGCGUCGGUGAGAGAAAUAGAAAGAACUUUUUCUGGUUUCUAAUUUACUAAUCAUUUCAACUCAUAUUCGCCUUAUUAAUUGUAAUCACUAGACUUUCUUAAUUGAUUAUAGUGUGCAGAUGUAUUGAUUAAUAAAAACUCAUUAGCAUCGAUAAAUUAGCUACUAUUGAUACUCAAUUACUUAUUGGUCAUUGUGAUUUUAGGCUUUUUCUUCAUGGUAUCAUCUUUACUAGUAUUUCAUGUGUUCUUGGCUUCAAAAAAUCUCACAACUUGUAUUUUUUUAUUAUUUAAUUUAGUUUAGGGGAAUAUCUUUCCUGGAUGAAAAUAUCCUAUAUGAAAGUUUGGCCUAAAAGAUACGGAUCUCCUUUUUCUAAAAACAGUCUAAAAGCUAAUUUACGACUUUACUUCUGUCAUAAAUUCGCUAAAUCAAAGCAAAUAUAUCAAUGGCAUAUGCCAAAUAAGUUGCCUAAACUCAAAUGA